AUGACUCGUGCCAGCUCGGACCGCGAGCUGUUCUGCCUCGGUGGGCCCGGGCCCCAGACCUUUGCCGGUGUCCGCAGAGAGCUGAUCUGGGCUCGCUCUGCCUGCCCCCGAAGAAGCUGCCCGCCUGAGCUGCGGCGGUCUCCCUCUGCACAACCAGCCCCACCGGCCCACUGCUUCUCGGACUUGCCCCUGUCCAGCUCCUCCCGGUCGCCCUACAGCACCUCUAGCUCCAUGGGUUCCUACGUGCGGUACACCGAUAUCUCCCUCGCAAGCGGUGAUCGGGAGACCAUGCAGUUCCUGAACGACCGCCUGGCCAGCUACCUGGAGCGGGUGCGGCAGCUGGAGCGCGAGAACGCAGAGCUGGAGCGGCGCCUCCAGGAGUCGGAGAAGCAGCCGCGCACCGCCAAGAGUCCCGACUACCAGCCCUUCUUCCGGACCAUCGAGGAGCUGCAGCAGAAGGUUCUGUUAACCAAGGCGGAGAACACCAGGAUGGUGGUGCACAUUGACAAUGCCAAGCUGGCUGCUGAUGACUUCAGGACCAAGUACGAGACCGAGGUGUCCCUGCGGCAGCUGGUGGAGGCCGACAUCAACGGCCUGCGCCGGAUCCUGGACGAGCUGACCCUGUGCAAGUCCGACCUGGAGGCGCAGGUGGAGUCGCUGAAGGAGGAGCUGCUCUGCCUCAAGAGGAACCAUGAGGAGGAAGUUGCUGAGCUCCAGAGCCAGCUUGGGGACCGCCUUAACAUUGAGGUGACCGCUGCGCCCCCUGUGGACCUAACCCGCACACUGGAGGACAUGAGGAGCCAGUAUGAGGCCAUGGUGGAGGCUGGCCACAAGGACGUGGAGCAGUGGUUCAGAACGCAGAUGGAGGAGCUGAACCAGCAGGUGGCCACGAGCUCUGUGCAGCUGCAGAACUACCAGUCAGACAUCAUAGAUCUGAAGCGAACGGCCAACGCGCUGGAGAUCGAGCUGCAGGCCCAGAACAGCCUGAGGGACUCUCUGGAUAACACCCUGGCAGAAACCAAGGCCCGCUUCAGCUCCCAGCUGGCCCAGAUGCAGGGCCUGAUCGACAGCGUGGAGGCGCAGCUGGCCGAGAUCCGCUGCGACCUGGAGCGGCAGAACCAGGAGUACCAGCUGCUGCUGGACACCAAGGCGCGGCUGGAGGGCGAGAUCGACACGUACCGGGGGCUGCUGGACAGCGAGGACAGCAAGUUGCCCUCUCGCCCAUGCCCUGAUCCCUCUGCCCCGCUGAGCACAUCCCGUACCACCUGUGUACCUCACACCAUCCACGUGCCCUGCGUGCUGGGCCGCUUCUGAAGUCCCAGCACCUUCUGUGAAGCUUGGCCUUAGCUUGGUGGCCACCCAAGAAGCAGGGCUGUCUAGCAGUGGACCACCCGCAAUGCCCGCUGGCAGCGCAGCGAGAGCUAUUGUCCCGGC